CCUUGAUACCCAAACCUGAUAAAAUGAUCAGUAUUGGACGCCUAAUCGAAGGCAUUGUACCGGUUAGAGUUAGUGGCAAGUGGAAGAAAAAGCUUUGCGCGCUUGAGAGACCUGCAACAUUUAUAAACUCACUAAAGUUAUUCGUAUUUAACGACGAUGGGAGUAUAUGUCGAUGUCAAGAUGUUCAUGCCUACAUUCUUGGAGUAGACUCUAAGCAUGACGGAGUAAUUAUGUUCGUAUGUACCUACAAGUUACGUUGUAUAUCAUUUCGACAUUUCGAGGAGAUGACUAAAUGGGAUGACAUAUUAAAAGCUAAUUUGAAAUGUUCAUAUUUUCAUGCCGAUUUGAUUGUUGCUCCUAAAAACAGCAUUUUGUAUAGUUAUGCACGUCAUAGGAGACGUUUUCCACUCAUUCAAGGACCUAAAAGCCAGAUUUUCUCAUCUUUAAGAAAAUUAUAUCCUACAUUAUGCAGUAAUUCAAGCGAUGGCUAUUUACAUGUGACACGUGAUCGUAUAUGUUUCACUACGGGUCCAGGUUGUUCCCAUCCUCGUCUGUUAGCAACAUGGACUUUUGAUAAUGAUGAAAUAGUGCAGUGUGGUACUGCCCGUGUUCAGAACGCUGUGAGAGGAAGCUUCACUGACCCUCCAUCACUGUUUUUUCUCACUGCCUUCCCUGAUCACCCUGAAGCUCCUGGAAGUCACCUUUUCCUAUCCAACCGUGCUACUGACUUAUGUGAUAUGAUUGAACAUACUAAUCAAGCCGCAGUUUAUCAAGCAGACUGGAGACGCCUAACUUGUUUAGCUUCACUUAUCGAUCCCUCUGAUUGCUCUAAAAAAUGCGAUUCUGACCAGAAUAUUUCUUUAUGUAAUCCUAUCCACCCUGUUACCAGUCGUGUCUACUCGAAUGUGACUCAAAAUGCUGCGAUUAUUUCUCCUACCAAAAAUCUGGAUAAGUGGGUUAAUGAUGAAGUUCCUAUGAUAGAUUCACCGCCCUCGUCCAACAAACUGACUACCAAGAAUACUGUAGCACAGAUGAAGAUUAAUGCAGAUGAAAAUUCAAAAAAAGUAAAGGAGGAAAUUCGUGUUGAUUCGGUCAAUGAUAGAAAAAUAUGGGUUUCUAUGCAUCCAAGACGGCGUUUGUCUAGCCAUCCUGUAGCAACAUAUCAGUGCACUUCUCUUAAUAGUAUUAAUGUCAAUGUUAACCCCAAAUCUUAUCCAUACUCUGGUCACACACACUGUUUACGGGAAUGUAAUAUUUGUCACUGGAGAGGAUCUGAGCCUUAUUUGGUGACUUUACCUUCACAACCUCUGGACACGCUGAAGUUGAAAGAACUACUCUGUCAACCGUACUGUUCGUUUUGCUUCAAAGAUUUACCUUGUACUUGUAGUGGACUUUUGUCUCUUUCUUCUGAUUCUCAUGAUUCAUGUGAUAAUGGUUUUCAUAAGAAAACGUGUAAUAAUAAAAAUAUCUGCCUGAUUUGUUCAGAAAAGCUUACUAAAGAUAAUAUUUCCAACGAUACUUUUUUAUCAAACAACUGUUCACAACAAGACAACAAUAUUCAUUCAGGUAUUCCGUACAAUAAAACUCAAUGCAAUUUUAUUUCAGCUGAUAAAAAUGAAAACCAUAAUAACGUUACUACUGAUGGUCUCACUACAGAACAAAUGGAACUCAAUUUAAAGUACAGCCCUCGUACACCCUUUUCUGUAUCCGAUCAGAAUGUCUUUAAGCCAUUAACGGACUCUCCUGGUCGCUCUAGUACAGUUUCUCCCUCUCAAGAUGUUCGUCGACGUAAAAGACUACCAAGCAGUUGGUCUACUAUUAGUCGAACACUGAUAAAUAACGGUGAUACGUCAGCGAACAUUACGCAAUAUAACAUUCGCCCUAUCCGCAGACAUCAGACUGAAUUGAAUCGGUGUUUGUCCAAUGGAAAUAGCCCACAACACACUUAUAUUUCAUCUUUGACGACACCAACUAUCAUCCCAGGAAGCCAGUAUGCUAGGACACGACAACAUACUGCCAGUACGUGUGAAAGCACAACACCUUAUCAUAAGGACUCAAGCAAUUCACAUAGUUCCCCUUGUUCUCCAACCACAAAUAAACAGGGCAGUAUCAAAUCCCCACUAGUUUCCUUAUCACCUUCUUUUACACCACUUUGGGCGGACGCACCUACUUAUGCUAAACCGAAAACUGGGAAACACUAUGUUUCCAGAAAGGUGAUUCAGGCUCUUCGCAUCGACCAACAGCAACAAUUUUCGUCUGUUUCAAAUAAUGUGAAAGGCUUUGGUAGCUGUUCUCAGAUGAAUUCGUCAAACAAUGUAUGUCAUAAUGAAAACCAUUCAAGUGAAUCUGGUAGUACGUUAACAUGCUUAACAGAAGCAUUUGAUGGGAAUGCGACCUUUCAGUAUAAACAGCAGUCGUCAAACGAUCCUACCCAAUUUAAGACAUCAGCUUUUUGUCCCGUAACAACAAAUGUAUCGGAUUCUGAUUUUUUGUUUCAAACUACAUCUAAUCGUGUUAUGGCGUCUCAAAGUGAUAAGUCAUUAACAAAUUCAGGACCGUAUAUUAAUAUGUUCCCGAAUAACCUUCAUGUUGGGUUAAAACCGUUAUCUGAAAAAAAUUCAUCGAUCUUAAUUUCAUCUACUUCAACGCAAUCUAUUCACAGUUAUAACGUUGGGAAUAAACAACAAGACGUUGAUCAAAUAACCAACAAUAAUAGUAAUACCUUCAAGUUACCAGUGGAUACAGAUAUCGUCUUCAAAAAUCCUAAACAUUAUGUGAAUUUAUUAGGUUUACAGAAAAGUGGAUUCACGGUUUUAAAUCACUCAAAUGCAACAGUGUAUUAUAUCAAUUUUUCACCAAAUAAUUCAGAACGUAGAUGUUUUGCAGACCCAACAUCUGUACAAUUAUCAAUUUCUGAUUCCUCUUUGGCGCCACGUGUCCCAGCCUCACUACCUAUUCUUUCAGGUUCUUUUCUGGACAGACCACCGACUCCACCAAGGCUAACAACAUCUACGAAUAACGUUACUUCCAAUGGUACUUCAUCUAUUCCGAAAACACCACAAUUACAUUACGCUCAUCUUACAAUAUCUGACAAAGUGAAUAGUUCAAUGACAAAUAUGUGUCAUUAUAAAACAUCGGAUGAUAUAAUGAAUGAUGGUAAUAUUUGUAAGAAUAAACCCAGUCUUCACUCAUCUCAAUCCUUACAGUGUGCAUUAUCUUCUGGCCCAAAUUGUUCUGAAACUGAGUUCCUGAAUUGUAGCUGUAACCUAGUUGGCAAUAACUGUCAUGACUGUUCCUCACAAAGAGUAAAUUAUGUAACUAUAGAUAUGAGACAGACCAAAGCACUUUCUGAAUUAGAACAAGAAUUGCGCAUCAGUACUGGAUUAGUACGUAAUGCUGGUUGUCAUAUACCAUGGUCAGAAUGUGCCCUUCAUAAUCAGAACUGUGAUAAUGUAAAAACUGGUAACAGAUUCACAGUGCUACGCAGGCAUUUUACAAUUCCAUGCAGCCUCCCCGGUUAUUUCGCCAGAAAAAAAGAUGACACGGUUCAUGCAUUAACAAGCUCUCCAACAAAUUCACAAGGAAAGAAACAAAAUCAUGAAAAUAUCGUUUCCGUGACCAAUCGAGUUCUAAAGCGUUUAAUCCAUUCCUCUCACUUCCCACAUCACCAAAAUUAACAUUGUGGCAAAAUUGCCUAAAGCCAAAUCAGUUGCUUCUAUUUUUUGUAUUUAUCCCUAAUAAGUGCAUCGAAUGUUAAAAUCGAAGUGAUAACAUCUUAUCCUUUAUUCAUUUAAAGAAUAACACUAAAUAACAUCUGCUUAACACAAAGAUCCAUUUAAUAUAAAUCAUAAACUAUUUAACUUGACCAACGUGUGCACCACUAAUUAAUGUUGCAGAAAUAUGCUAUUUUUGUAUUACAUUAUAUAUAUAUAUAUAUAUAUUUCCUUAUCGAUCCUUUUUAGAUUAAAGUUAUUUUUGUUCUCUUUUGUGUAUUCUUUUCUAUACACAUUGCCGUCAAACAA